GUUAGCGAGGCUCCUUCCAGUAAUAAGGGGUGGAAAGAGCGUUUCUUUUUCAUCCGUCGCUCGGAGGAUUGGGGUUUCGGGCUCCAGUGGGCGGUGCGCGCAAUUGACAACACCGCCCCGGCUUUGGUCGAUGAGGAGCGUCGGGAGCUCGAGAGAAAUGGUGAAUCUCCGAGCCUUGUGCGGGGGUAAAGCUUCGUCGUCCCCAUCCACUCGUUCGCCAACCGAGGCGAGGGUCGGCUCGAGGGAGGUACCAGUGGACAUCGAGGCUGGUCGGCCUCGGAAGAGGACGAAGACUUCCGCGACAAAGGCCUUUAAGGCGGCCGCAACCCAAGCAGCAGGAGCCGUCGCCGUGCCGGCCGGCCGCGUUGGGAGAAGCCUCAGGAGAGGGGAGGCUGGCACUAGUAGGGAGGCGGCAGGGAAGGCGCCUCGCGAGCCUUCCAUCCGCGAUCUUUGCCACCUUUCGGCCGGGGGGGAGGACGAGCCCUACCAGACGCGGGUAAUGGGCGAUCUCCCACAAGGCCAAGCUUUCGACCCGCUGGUGGGCUGUUGGGAAGGCUUUACCCGAGGUAGCCGGGUGUGGGCCGACGGGGACUCCGUGGCCUGGUUUGUCCGCGGGGGGCUUCAUCCCGACAUAGCUCGGGAUCUAUACACACUGCCCUCCAAAACCCUUCUUGGCAAGUCUGCCAAGUCACUGCUGUGGGGCAAUCAUUAUGCUGCGGCGCUGAUGGACCGUGUUCGCGAUGCAGGGCGGGUCAUUGGUAUUUUGAGCGACCGCAACGCCGAGCUCCGGAAGCAGAUCGAAGAGGUCCACGCCGGGGCGGCUCCUGAGGCGGUCGCGGUGGCUGAGUAGCGCGCCUCGGAUCUGGAUGCGGAGGCGACAUGCCUCCGAUCCGAGCUCAAGGUGGCCGAGGAGCAAAACAAGGAGACCCAGACGCAUUUGAAGGCGUCACUGGUCGAAGCCCGUACAGCGAGGGGGGAGUCAUUCGAGUUGAUUCGGAGGUUGGAGGAGGCGCGCGCCGAGGUGCGGGGAGCUUUCGAGGCCCUCGCUGUCGAGAUCCGUGAGAGGCCGGCAAAGGACAAGAAGUUGAUCGAGGACUACAAAGAGUCAUCGGGCUUCUAGCUUGGCUUGGUUCGGACUGGGUGGGUCUCGUACGAAUAUGGGUACCGGAUAGCUCUAGCCCGCUUCCAAGCGCGCUAUCCUGACCUUGAGGUUGCGGAUGAUCCUUUCGACUCCUUCCCUGAGGAUAUGAGCGUUGACAUGCCCGAUGAAGUCCCAUUUGACGACAGCGUCGACGCUCUUGAGAAAUAAUGUAAUCGCUUUUGUAGUUUCCUUUUUCUUUUCUAUCUUGUUGUUCAGGUGUUGUAAUGUGUCAUCUAAUGCAAUAGCACAACUGUGACUUUUUGUCAA